CAUCUUUAUUAGCGACUUGGCAUCCUUGGCGCAGCAAGGUGCACACUAAACUACAAUUUUAGCAAAAUUUUAAAGGUUUUAAAUGAUAAUGUUUUUUUAAAAAAUUUGUUUUUAUGCUUGCAUACCAUUGAAUGUGUGGAGACUUCUGCAAAAAAUUGAAGCAAAUGCAAGCAUUAUUUGUAUUUGAUGGAUAUUUUUUGGAAAUUGGAUAAACAUAUGCCUUACAGAAUUCUGAUUUGACAAUGUUUUCACUUUAUGAGAAAAUGCUUUAUUUUAAUAUUGGAUACAAUUUAAAAAAGGUUCAUUCAAGAAUACUUUACAGUAACAGGUUAGAAUUUUCUAGUGAACGAAAAGAAUUCAAGGUUAACAUGAAAAACUUUCCUUUAAAAUAUAUUCGAAAUUUUGGAAUAAUAGCUCAUGUUGAUCAUGGAAAAAGCACUUUAUCAGAUCGUUUGAUGGAAUUUGCAGGAAAUAUUUCGAGAAAGAAAAAAAAUGAGCAAGUUUUAGAUAAACUUCAAGUUGAACGAGAGAGAGGCAUUACAGUGAAAGCUCAAACAGUAUCUCUUUUUCAUGAGUAUAAAGGACAAACAUAUUUAUUGAAUCUCAUUGAUACUCCUGGUCAUGUAGAUUUCAGCUAUGAAGUAAAUAGGUCAUUAGUUGCAUGCCAGGGUGUAAUUCUUCUUGUGGAUGCAAAUCAGGGCGUCCAAGCACAGACAGUUGCUAAUUUUAAUUUAGCCUCAGCUCAUAACUUAGAAAUUAUCCCAGUUUUAAAUAAAAUUGACUUAAAAAAUGCCAAACCUGAAAUUGUCUCCAAUCAACUUACUUCUUUAUUUGGUUUCAACGAAGAGGAUAUACUACAGGUUUCCGCAAAAUUGGGUACAGGCAUUGAAGAUGUUUUACUCGCAGUUGUUGAAAAAAUUCCUCCGCCCCAUGGAGACAUAAAUCAACAAUUUCGAGCACUUCAGUAUGAUUCAUGGUAUGUACAAUACCAAGGUGUAAUUUGUCUUAUUCUUGUUGUUGAUGGCUCUAUACAAGUUGGCGAUGAAAUAGCAUCUUGCUCAUCUGGACAUAGUUAUGUGGUCAAGGAACUUGGUAUUCUAUAUCCGGAGGAGUUACCUGUUAAAGAACUAUUUGCAGGUCAAGCUGGAUAUUUUAAAGCAAAUAUUAAAAAUCCCAAAGAUGUUAAAGUGGGCGACACUUGGAUUAAAAAGGAUACAGUUGCAAAUCCCUUACCAUUAAUUUCACAAUCAAAACCUAUGGUAUUUGCUGGAGUUUAUCCAUCAGAUCAGUCAAAAACAGAAGACUUAAGAAAGGCUCUUGAGAAACUUCUUUUAAAUGAUUCCAGUGUUAACAUUUCAAUGGAAACCAGUUCAGCCUUGGGUCAAGGGUGGAGAUUGGGUUUCCUUGGUGUAUUGCAUAUGGAAGUUUUCUGUCAACGACUUUACCAAGAAUUUGAUGCUGAUGUUGUUGUUACUGCUCCUGGAAUUCCAUACAAAAUUAAAAUUAAAGGAAAAAGCAAUAUUAAAAAGUAUGGCAGUGAAGAAAUUAUUAUAAGUAAUCCUUCCAAGUUCCCUGAUCCAACUAUUGUUGAAGAAUAUUUUGAACCUAUGGUAUUGGGUACCAUUAUUACUCCAGAAAAAUACUAUAGUUCUAUUUUAAAUAUGUGCAUGAACAGAAGAGGUGAACAAAGAAAUAUCAAUUUUCUGGAUAAUGAAACAAUUGUACUCUCUUAUAAAUUUCCAUUGGGUGAAAUCAUAAUGGAUUUCUUCAAUGAGCUGAAGAUUAUUUCCUCUGGAUAUGCUAGCUUUGAUUAUGAAGAAAUUGGCUAUGAAUCAACUUUUCUAAAAAAGAUAGACAUAUACUUAAAUGGGAAGAUAGUUGAAGAACUUUCUCUAAUUACUCAUGCAUCACAGGUUGAAAAGGUUGGACGAGCUAUGUGUCUUCGUUUAAAAGAAUGUAUAGAUCCACAACUUUUUCUAAUAGCUAUUCAAGCGUGCACAGAUGGUAAAAAAGUUAUUGCUCGUGAAAACAUCAAAGCCUUGAAAAAAGAUGUUGCUGCAAAAUUAUAUGGAGGAGAUGUCACUCGUAGGAUGAAGCUAUUGCAGCGCCAAAAAGAAGGCAAGAAAAAUAUGAGAAUGGUGGGAAAUGUACAGAUCCCAAAAGACACAUUCAUAAAUAUAUUGAAGAGAUAAAAGAUGUGUAUAAAAUUUUAUUUAAAAAUAAAUUUCGUUUCAUCCAUUA